UCAUGUUCGGCUCAGGUUUUUUUUUUUCCUCCUCGCGUGAAAAUAAAAUGAAGAAAAUUGUACUUGUCCUUAUUUAGGCUGGCGUUCUGUCCGCUUUAAGGGCGCUCGUCGCCGUCACGGAGGCUAACGUUAGCUUGUUAGCAUAGCUCGGCGCAGGUAUGCUAAUGAUAAUGCUACAUGCUACGUGCUACGUGUCCAGCCGUCGAGGAGAAAACGAGGACGCCGCGGCCGACGCGAGCGAGGCUUGCCCGGGAAGGAAGAAAAGUUGGAACGAAGUCCGAUUAAGUGUGACACGUCGUCAGCAUGCCGGACACUGCGGGCGUUAGCGCUGUUCUUUCGAAAAACUUGUCAACUUUUUAAGAAGCAUGAUGAUGUUUUCAUCGAGGAGGAAACCUGUGCUGUACUUUAAGGAGGAGAGAAGGUCCGCGUGGGGCCGCUGUUCCGUGUACAAGCUGUUCGGGCUCUGCGUGCUGCUGCUGACGUCGUCGCUGCUGUGGCUGCAGCUCGGCUGUUCGUCCGACACGCGGCGCCGCGGCGCCGGCCUCCCCCGGCGGCCGGACCCCCCGCCCCCGCCCCCGCCGUGCCGCCCCGAGAGCCGCCCGCCGGACGAGGCGUCGUGGGGUCCCCACAAGCUGGCGCUGGUGGUGCCCUUCCGGGAGCGCUUCGACGAGCUGCUGGUCUUCGUGCCCUUCAUGCACGACUUCCUCAACAAGAAGAAGAUCGAGCACCAGAUCCUCGUCGUCAACCAGGUGGACCACUUCAGGUUCAACCGAGCGUCCCUGAUCAACGUGGGCUACCUGGAGAGCGCCAACGACACGGACUACCUGGCCAUGCACGACGUGGACCUGCUGCCCCUCAACGAGGCGCUGGACUACGGCUUCCCGGCCGACGGACCCUUCCACGUGGCCUCCCCGGACCUGCACCCCCUUUACCACUACAAGACCUACGUGGGCGGGAUCCUGCUGCUCACCAAGAAACACUACCGCAUGUGUAACGGGAUGUCCAAUCGUUUCUGGGGCUGGGGCCGCGAGGACGACGAGUUUUACCGCCGUCUGAGGAAGGCCGACUUACAGCUGUUCCGGCCCAGCGGGAUCGGCACGGGAUACGGGACGUUCCGGCACGUGCACGACCCCGCCUGGCGCAAGCGCGACCAGAAGCGCGUGGCGGCCCAGAAGCAGGAGCAGUUCAAAGUGGAUCCUGAAGGGGGCCUCAGCAACCUGCGCUACCAUGUGGAGUCCCGCCAGGAGCUGACUGUAGGGGGCGCUCCGUGCGUCGUCAUCAACACCAGGCUGGAGUGCGACGCGGACAAGACGCCCUGGUGCCUCCUGGCGUAGGACGCGCCCGCCGCGCCCUUUCUUGGGGAAAGCCGACGCGGGCACACUUUGCCUGUGUUGGGCCUCACUCCGUGCCCGCUUUUUUGAGGCGCGGGGGUUUUCAGCUCCAAUUUAGGAAAAGGUCCAGAUGGAGAACAUUUUGGGGAAGCAAAAGAGCCGGAAGAUCAUCAAAUGUCCAUUUAUAUUUAAGUAGCCUAGUCGUCGUCUCGACACGUGCUCAAAUGUAUUUAAUACGAUUCCAAAACAUUUUGACGUUUGCUUUUGUCAAGUACCACAAAACUCAACAAAUAUGUCUGACUGCUGAGCUCGACAGUUGCGCUCAUAAGUUUACAAACCCCCGGCAGAAGUUGUUUUUUUUAAUAUGACUGAACAAGGAUUAUUUUGUCGACUAUGGUUUUGACUUUCUGAAAAGCCUUAGUUUAUUUGAACCACAUUUAAAAAAAAAAUAAAAUAAAAUACAAAUCAAUGUUUUACCUGAUAAUUCAGGUUUUCUUUAAGUCAAUAAAAAGCCAGAAGAAGAAGAAGACGUCCCUGUGCGCUGAGCAAAGACUAUUUGAUUCAUCGGUUCGACGACGGAUUCGCGAAUCAUUCGUUCGGCUUCCCGACUCCCGAAUCCCUCCGAAGGGAUUUUGAGUCAACUUUCGAGCAACGAUCAAGGUCCGCCCUAAAUCAACGCGUACGCUCAAAUCGACUGUAUAGCGAUGACCGAUUCCCACCGACACGGGCCCGAAUUGAGUGUGAGAGCGGCAGGUGGCGCUGUUGCAUCCGCUGCCCCAGAACGUGCGCGGGCGGGCGGGCGGGGAAGCAGCGCCCCCAGCUGGCAGACAUUCUCGCCUUCGCGCUGCUACCAAUUCUCAACGUGGAAACCGACGGGCCGAGGGAGGCCCGGGAGCCACGUUUUUACUUUGAGUUUCUUCGUCUUUGUCACCAGAAAUGCUUUUCAAAAUUGAUUUAUUGUAAAUAGAAAAUGAACAAUUUAAGUGCAGAGCAGAUAGUUAACAUGUUUGAAAUGAAUUGUAAUGAAAAAUCAGAUUUUUAAAACGAUUUCUUUUUUGCAUGAAGGUUGUAUUUUUUCCCCUGCAAAAUCGGUGCAUCGAAAUGUGUUCAUUUUGUAUUCAUUUAUCUCAUUGAUUUAUUGUAAAUCAUGAAAUUAGAAAUGGUAACAGCGGCAAAUUUACAUUUUGGAUUUUUGGGUGAAAUGUAAUCAAAUCCAUUUUAAAUCGUAAAAUAAAACAGCAAGAAUUUAUUGAUUGCAUUAAUUUUGUUUUCCUAAAAUUGGUUAAUCCAAAUGCUUUUAUUCAUUUUGGUAUUCAUUUGAUCUCACGAACUAUUCAUUUGUGUUGAGUGAUUCAAUUUAAAAAGUGACCGUUUAAAGAAAUAUUCAUGAAAUAUAAUUCAAUGAAGGAAAAAGUACACCAUUUAUUCCAAAAUUCGCGUGAAUUCUUUUAUUGAAACAAACGAUUGUAUGUUUUGCAUUUAGUUUAUUUUCCACCUAACAUUUAUUUUAUUUAGUUUCAUUGAGAAUUGGCGUCACGGUGGAAGACCGGUUAGCACAUCUGCCUCCCACUUCUAAGGUUGCGGGUUCCAAUCCGGCCCGGCGUGUGUGGCGCUCGCGUGUCCUCGGGGUACUGCGCGUUCCUCCCACGUGGUUGUUUGUUUGGAUGUGCCCUGCGAUUGGCUGGCGACCGGUUGAGGGUGUGGCCGCAGAUAGCUGGGAUGGGCCCGCGUGAGGAGAAGUGCGACAGAAAUUGAAAAUUACUUUUAUAGAUUGAUUUAUCUCAUUAUGAAAUUGGAUGAUUGAUGUAUAGGAAAUAAUGACACAUGUAAAUAAAGUAAAGAAUUGUGCAUAAUCAUGUCUUUGUUAAGUUAUUAAAAGGACAAGCCGAAAGGAAAAG